AUGGAGAGGACGUGGCGGCGGGCGGCGUGGCCCCCCUUCAUAGCUCGCCAGAUGGCGCUUUCGACGACCGCAUUCUGCUUCGGGGUGUCGGGCGCGGUGUACUCGCGCCGGAUGCCAGCGGCGUCGCAGAACGCGACGAAGGCAGCACUCGUGAACUCCCCCGCGUUGUCCAUGCGGAAACACCCCAGAGGGCCGUUGCCAUUCAGGUCGGCGAGGAAACGCCGCGUCCGCCUUUCAACCCCGCGAAGACCGGCCAGUACAGCCCGCAAGCGACGCGUUCCAACCGCCGGCUCAAGCAAGAGCUCCAGAGACGAUCCGUCUGACGGAAGGAGCAGCGACCGCAGCAGCAGCACCGUCACGAAGAGCAGCAAAGACAGAAACGGCGUGAAGGCGCCCUUCGACAUGGCCAAGCACGUCUUCCACCUGCUCUUUCUAGAGGUGGACUUGGACCGGUCCGGAUGCAUCGACAACAAGGAGUUCGGGGAGAUGCUGCUACAGCUGGGGAAGAACAUCGGGCCCGACGUCGCGCGCCGCUGUGUCGUCAGCAACGACAUCGACCGAAGCGACACCAUCGAAGCCGACGAGUUCGUCGAUUUCAUGACCCACGAGUUCCUUGCGCCGGCCCUGCCUUCUCCCGGAGUGCUCUGCGAGACCUCGGUCAACCGUGCGUGGACCAUCCCCAGGUGA